AUGACAGAACCUGGGUCGUAUGCAUCCACACAGGUAAGCAUUAAUAUAGGUAGGAAUUAUAUUAUUUUUUUCAGAUAUCGGAUGUUUUCUGUGCCGCCACGUACACUUUCGAUCAUCUUACGAAUUUGGCUCUACAAUUGAAUAGAAUUGAUAAGGAAAUGGAGAUGUAGGGUUUAAUUAAUUGUUUGUAUUAGUUAAUGUUAUGUGUAGUUUGUGUAGGAUAUUUUGUUAGAGUUUUAAAAGUUUACAUUUUGUUUUAGGUACGAUGAGCCAUGUUCAAUGGAUACGAUACACGACUCUGUUAAGAAGUUUACUGCCAAUUUAGAAAAUGCUUCUAAAAUGAAACAAGCGUACGUUUAAUUUUAUUUUGCUUUUUGUUUAGGAACGUGAUGUAAACUACAAUACCUUUUUAUGGUUUUUUCUGAUGGUUUACCUACUUUAUACGUAUUUAGUGGACAACCUUCAAUGUUCGUUAAACUUUUAAUUUAAAUUGCAAUAUUGUUUCAGUUCUUACAUGAGGCCUUAUACACAACAACCCAGGCGAACGUCGGCUCAACCGUUUAAUCGGUUACCAAUGCAUGUGGACAUGAAUAGGGCACAGACUUCUAAACCUCAAAACAGUUACCGGUUGAUGCCUGCAACCGGCUUAAAUACAAUUCAAAACGGAUCGUUAAUGAGGCAUAAUUCUUUGAACAACGUGAGGAAAAGGCCAGUACCUGACAACCUAUCAUAUGGGAUAUCCAAACAGCCUCGAGACAUAAAAUGGGUUUCAGCGGAUGGAAGCAUAACUAAUAAGGUAUGUUAAAUGAAACUAACAUUUGUGAAGUAAAGUUUAAUUGGAACAAAGCAUUAACUAUUUGAUUUUCUACCCAUAUUUUUACUUUUCAGCCCUCAAUGUUCUCGAGACAGUCGGUAACUCCACAACCUUCAAAAACGAAUGUUCGACGAGAAUACAGUGUAACUCCACGAACAGGAAACGAACCUCAACGGUUUCUGAUCAAAAAGGAGUUGUUCCAAUCUCAGAACAUUACUGCUAUAACGAUGGACGACUUGAAGCCAAAACUGCCAAAUGGGAUCAAUGGGUCCCUUACCCAUACUCCUAUAUCAACAUAUACUUCUAAGACUAUUCCACUGCCAACGUUAAGGCCCACUGUUCCUUUGACUGAAGACGAUGUGGCCGUGUCAUCUUUAUUGAAUACUCUUCAGCAACCAGACUCUGAAAUGAGUGGCACCGAGUGAUUGUUGUUUGUUACAUGUUGUUGUUGUUAUUAAACUGUUAAACUAUGUUAUUGGGAGUUGUUUAUGGUUGUUGUUGGUUGCAAUAAUUAUUUAUCUACUUUAUAUAUGGUUAUAGUGUUAAAUGGAUUGUAUUUAUAAUUACAUUGUUUGUAAUGCGUCGAAUUUUAAAAGUUUAAACAAGUUUACGUGUUUUAGUAUCUGAAGCCUAUAUUAUUGUAUUGCUGUAUUUUAGCUUUAAAAUGGAUGAACGCCCGAUGUUUUCGUUUGAUCAUGUCACAACAGAAAAGAUCACAAAUGUCGUAAGUGACAGUAACGCAGAAGAUGGUGAAGCUACAUUGGCAUUUCCUGGAGCUGUUCUAAGUGAUCAUGCAGAUUUGAUAAGGUACAUUUUAGUUGUUUUUUGUAUAGGGUAAAAAAUUUUUGGUAUUCAUUGAUAACAACAAAAUAUUUAGAGGCCAUGGAACAUACACAGACGAUGCAGGCUACAUCGUGUCUUCUAUUGCUGGAAUAACGCACAGAGUAAACAAACUAUUAAGAGUAAAGGCGUUGAAGGCACGGUAAGCAACUUUCUAACGAGUUUUCUUUAUAUUACGACAAGUCACAACCUGGGCCUUCGAUUUUAGGUACAAUGGUGAAGUCGGCGAUGUUGUUAUUGGUAGGAUUGUUGAAGUACAAGCUAGCAGAUGGAUGGUGGACAUAAACUCAACUCAAUACGCAGUUUUGUUGUUGUCUAGUGUUAACUUGCCUGGCGGAGAGCUGAGGAGAAAGUCGUGCGAAGAUCAACUUCUGAUGACGGAUUACUUAACCGUUGGAGAUCUUGUUAGUGUAGGUUAUAUUAAUGUUCCGUUUGUCUUUUGCUGUUUGUUUUUGAGCUAAUAGUACUGUUUAGGCCGAAGUACAAAGGACGUAUUCUCAAGGGUUUGUUGGAUUGCAUACGAGAUCUAUGAAGUACGGUAAACUUGGGCAAGGAGUACUAGUUAGAGUACCGUACUACUUGAUCAAACGGAGGAAAACUCACUUUUUCAAUCUUCCAAUGGGCGCUUCGUUAGUCUUGGGAUGUAAUGGUACUGUCUUCAUAUCAACUGUCAGAUCGACGGAAACUACUGAUCAGGCUAGUGGUGGCUACAUUCAUUCAACAGAGGUAGGUACACUUAAUAUUACUACUUUUGUGUUUGGUUACAGUAAGGAAAGGCGCAUUGUAGGCCAAGGUUAUUAAUUUUGGUUUUUAAAAAGGGUGAUCUAAUACAUUUUUAUUUAAAAUUGGAGUUAGAAAAUUAAUUUAACCUUACGCAUACUGUAUCUAAUCUUGUUUAUACAUAUCACUAAGCUAAUCAAGCAAGACUUUUUAAUUAGUUUUGGGCUUCUUGCGGUCCGAAGCCGGCUUCUCUUUUACCGUAUACAUAGUAGGCUGGCCAGUAGUAGCCGUUGUAGCCAGGCCACCCAUAAUAAUAUUGAGCCGUCGCGUGUUCAACGCAAAUUACUAACAAUAAAAUGGCACAUACGGUGAUGAGAGUUGGGUUCAUAGUUCUGAAAGAUACACAUUAACAUAUUAUAGUAGGAUUUUUAGAUAUAAACUAAAAAUUUUUAAAUAUAGGCUAUAAGUUUUAUAGAUCUAUUUUUUAAGUAACAAACCUAGGCUUGUAAAAACUAAUGUUUAAAAGAUAUAAAUAUGAGGAAAAAAGUUAGUUCAAGAAAAUGGUUGAGCUUCAUUGAGAAUGACAUUAAGUACGGAGCAUCCUAAGGCGAUUAAGUUGAGUAUUUUAUAAUUAUGUUUUGGGAUUAGCUAAUUUUUUGCGCACAACUUCUGCUGUUGUUUGUUUUAUGCAUUGUUUUAGGGUUGUCGUUUGAAGCCUAAAUUAAAGUUUUUACAAAACUUAAAAGCAGGAGCAAAUUUGUUACUUACUGCGGUAGAAACUUGUUUUUUCUAACAAUUUUUUUUGUUUACUAAAAAUAUAAAAGUUUAUUUACGGAAAAUAGGCUAUUUUUUAUCAUUUUUAACCGUUUUUAGUAUCAUAUAAUGUUAGGCUUACAAAAUAAACCAAGCUUUUGGAUUAAAACGUUUAUUUCACCAAUGUACACAUUUAAAUACAAGCUUCACAAGUUAAUGUUGUUGAUCUUCGGGACUGAAGCCAGCAGCACGUUUGCCGUAGAUUCCGUAGCCGUAGUAGGGGUUUCCGUAAGCGAGGGCGUUAUAUCCGUAUCCAAGACCGUAACCGUAGUACGGUAGUACUUGAGCUUGAGUCACAACGACAGCGACGAGGCACACCAAAAGAGCGAUGAGAAUCUUGGAGUUCAUGAUUAGAUUUAGAACAACUUGAAGGUUGAUGACACCACCGGUUUGGCCGCGGCUUUUAUAGUUGACAUUUGUUGGCUCAUCAUCUUAAUCACCAGUUUAUUUCUGGUAUUCGUAAGAGCUUCCUGACCUGUUUUAAGAACACAUCUAGGCGUUUGCACCCGCGUUAAACAAACAUCCCCCACUUGAUAUUCUAAUAUCACUUUAGCCAACAAAAUAUCAAGCAUUUGAGUACAAAUUUGUGAUUCUUGUGUAGAACCUAAAAUAAUAAGCAGCUAUUUUUAAAUUUCAAAUAAAAUUUUUCAAAGUUUUAAAAUUUAAAUUAUUGCUUACCAAAAUAAGUUAAAGUGAAGUAAAAGAUGUAUGAUGCAAUUCCCCUUUCUGUUUUGUCCAAACUUUUAAAAAUUUUAUAACUUAUACCGUAAAAAUUAAAAAUUUGAUUUUCAGAGUUGUGGAAUUGAAACUCGGAAAGUGAUCUCAAGACUGGCCAAUUGUGUUAAGAUCUUGGCCAAAGCAUCGAUUUCCUUGUCAGAUACCACCAUUUUGGUAGCAUACGAGGCCUCACUCCAACAUGAAAUCAGUUCAUUAUUGGAUCCAAAAACAGCGAAUCAAUUGACGGAAGAAGUUAUUCAAGAGUGCAAACAGAAACAAAUCGGGAUUUGA